GAGGCAACGAUCCAAAACAUUUUGAAGGAUUGUGAUCCACUCAGUUGGACUCGGACUUGCUUAUAAAUUGUCCACAAUAAUUUUCAACAGCCCGCCAAAAGUGCUAGUAUAAUAAAUUUCUAUAAUCAUUUACCAUAUUAAUAAUUCAGUUGUAGUACUAGUCUUCCACUCACUACUAAGUACUAAUAACAAGGCUACCUGGUUUUUCCGCUUUCUUUCACUUAAGGAAGAUGUUGUAAAGGAAGCAUUAACUCAAGCAGUUUGAAGGUUUUAAGACACUUUUCUAAAAUGGAUUUAAGUUUGUGUGUAUUAUAGCGCGAUUUAUAGCAUAUUCAUACGGAAAGAAAAACAAAUAGUAAAAAAGAGGUGGAUAAAGAGGCUAUCUUACGUGUCAACAACAGGGAGCAGCAUUAUCUGAUUGAUGAUGCAGCAAAAGAACGAGAGGUCCAAAACUUCAUAUCCCUCCCAAGUAUUCUUCUUCUUUUUUUUUACCCCCCACACUCAUCCACUUACUUCAUCGCUCAUCCUCCACCGCUCCUUUUAUUACCAUCGUUGAUCCAUCCAGUUACCGUGACUCAUUUUACUGUUUACAUUUUAUCCUUGUCACCUGAGAGCCAUAUAUUACAUUUUCCCACCCACAAAUCAACUAAAGAGAAGGAAGUCCCGCCCUUGCAAUUUUUAGGCAGCAGUUGAAGUGUGGUGUGAUCAUGGCAAAACCAGUGCAAAUUGAAGUGUGGAAUCCAAAUGGGAAAUACAGAGUGAUCAGUACCAAGUCCAUGCCUGGAACUCGUUGGAUUGAUCUCCUCGUUCAGCAAGAUUGCCGCGUCGAAAUAUGCACACUCAACAAAACCAUUCUGUCUGUUGAAGAUAUCAUCGCUCUCAUCGGUGAUAAGUGCGAUGGAGUCAUUGGACAGUUGACUGAGGACUGGGGGGACACAUUGUUCUCUGCAUUGAGCAAAGCUGGUGGAAAAGCAUUCAGCAACAUGGCUGUUGGGUACAACAAUGUUGAUGUUGAUGCUGCCACUAAGUAUGGUGUUGCUGUUGGAAACACUCCUGGUGUGCUGACAGAGACUACAGCAGAGUUAGCAGCAUCACUUUCCCUGGCUGCGGCUAGGAGAAUUGUUGAGGCAGAUGGGUUCAUGAGGGCUGGUUUGUACGAAGGAUGGCUUCCCCAUUUGUUUGUCGGGAACUUGCUCAAAGGGCAGACUGUUGGAGUGAUUGGGGCCGGUCGUAUUGGUUCUGCUUAUGCUAGAAUGAUGGUUGAAGGGUUCAAGAUGAACUUAAUCUACUAUGAUCUGUACCAAGCGACACGGUUAGAGAAAUUCGUCACAGCAUAUGGGCAGUUCCUGAAAGCAAAUGGUGAACAACCUGUGACAUGGAAAAGAGCUUCUAGCAUGGAUGAAGUGCUUCAAGAAGCUGAUGUGAUAAGUCUUCACCCAAUCCUUGAUAAAACAACUUAUCAUCUUGUGAACAAAGAAAGGCUUUCAAUGAUGAAGAAGGAGGCAAUCCUGGUGAACUGCAGCAGGGGUCCAGUUGUUGACGAGGUAGCUCUUGUCGAGCAUCUGAGAGAGAAUCCUAUGUUUAGAGUUGGUCUUGAUGUCUUUGAGGUAAACUUAAACUCUUCCAAACACUGGUACUGAUAAAUGCAAGUGUAUUUCAAGGUCUGAAUUUGUUGUUCUUCUAUUGCAUACAGGAUGAGCCUUAUAUGAAACCAGGGCUCGCAGACAUGAAGAAUGCUGUUGUUGUACCUCACAUAGCUUCUGCUUCGAAGGUGUGAUCUUUUGCACUUCCUCCUCUUCUUUGUUUGUCUUCACAUACAUUCCCGUAAUGCCUUUUCCUUCAUUUUUGGAUCCCCCUUGAACAAUUUCCGUGCUUCUGACAUGCUUGAUCUGACAUGUGUUGUUUAGUGGACUCGCGAAGGAAUGGCUACGCUGGCUGCUCUGAAUGUCUUGGUAGAUAUGCGAUCUUUACAUAUAAAUUUCUUCAUCAUAUUGCAUAGUAUUUGAACUGAAUGAUAGCUUCUGCCAUCAAAUUCCAUAGGGAAAAAUCAAGGGCUAUCCGGUAUGGGCUAAUCCAAACAAUGUCGAACCCUUCCUUAAUGAGAACUCUCCACCGCCUGCUGCCUGCCCUAGUAUUGUCAAUGCAAAACCAUUAGGCAAGUCCUUUGCUUUUCUCUUUUGAAUGAUAACCAGUUAUUUUCCGAUUCAUUUGACUAAAACUAUGACACCUCGGUGACAAAGUUCAUGUUAUGCUGCAGGUUUAUCAGUUUCAAAACUGUAAUUGGGAAUGAGGUUUAUAAAAAGGACUUUGACAUGAUGAUGCAAGAAUGGUCGGUCAUCUUGGAAGGACUAGUACUAUAUGGGGAAACUUUUGUAAAUUGGAAAACCUACGCCGGAGUCAUCAUUAUUAUAAACUGCAAUUUGCCAAUGUCCAUGUGUAUUUUGUUACUUCCUGGUGUUCCUUAGAGGUUCAUGAUACAGAUUGCCAUGGAUCCAUGUUGUUUCUGCAAUAUAUACAGUCAGCUAAAUUGAAUGGGUGUUUUCUUCAGUUUAAUGUAUCCAGAAUGAUUGAUGUGAUGUCGGAGGAAUACUCCUUCCGUCCCAAAUUCGUAUCUUAUAUACGAAAUGCUUCACCCAUCUAAAAAAAUUAAUUCAAACUAUUACAAAUUGUGUAUUCUAUCAUUUUCAAUACAAAUCACGAACUAAAGUCCGGACUAUUUUUGUAGUAAAUGGAAGAGAGAGUAUAAAAUUGCAAAGAAAAAAAAAACAUUACUUGAUGCUUCUUAUACAUAUACUCCC